AUGUUCUCCUCUUCUCCUUUCCCACAGUUACAUUGCAAGCUUUUUGCAAAAAUGGGGGAUGACCGACCUUUUGUGUGCAAUGCUCCCGGCUGUGGACAGAGGUUUACAAACGAGGACCACUUGGCUGUUCACAAACACAAGCAUGAGAUGACACUAAAAUUUGGACCAGCCAGGACCGACUCUGUCAUUAUUGCAGACCAGACACCUACUCCCACCCGUUUCCUAAAGAACUGCGAGGAGGUUGGUCUGUUCAACGAGCUGGCCAACUCCUUUGCACAAGAUGAGGAGGACAGGAGAAAGAGCGCUCUGCCUGCACCAAAUGCUGUGGCUUUGGACAUGAGCCUGCAGACACCAUCUGAGGUGAAGGUGAAAGAGGAGGAUCUUGUAGAGGUCGACUCCUCGCCACCAGACAGCCCUGACUCUAUCUCCUGCUAUUCAGACAGCAGCAUAGAGCCUCUGGCUAAAGUAAAGGACACACCACCCAGGAGUUCAGCCCCCACUCCCACGAUCGUGCGUCCAGGGUCCCUCCCACUACACCCCGGCUUUGAUGCCCUUCAGCCCACCAUGCCAUCACCCACCUCUGUCAUCACACAGGCACCACCUUCCAAUCGAACUCUGGGCUCUCCGACCAGCCACUACCCCAUGAUGAUGCUUCCCUCUGGUCAGGCAGUGCCCGUGCUCCCUGGACCCGGACAUAUUCCCUCUGUCAUUAAUCUUGUCCGACCCAUGUGCAUGGUACCCAACAUUCCUGGGAUCCCCGGUCCUCCUCUGGGAGGCAGCAGCAGCGGCUCUAACUCCCCCUCUGGCUACAGCAUCCACUCAGAGGCCAAGAUGCGUCUGAAGGCUGCGUUGUCCCAGCAGAGCCCAUCAGGACAUAGUAUGGGGUUCAUGGCCAUGGGCGGCAGCCCAAUGGCCCCUCAGAGGGCAGAGCAGAGCCAGCUGCUCGUCCAACAUCCGGAUGCUCCUUCACCUGCACAACCUCAGGUAUCUCCAGCACAGCCUACAGGUGGGCGGCGGCGGCGGACGGUAGACGAUGACCCAGAUGAGCGAAGGCAGCGCUUCCUCGAGAGGAAUCGUGCUGCAGCAUCACGCUGCAGACAGAAGCGCAAAGUGUGGGUCAAUUCCCUUGAGAAGAAGGCUGAGGAGCUCUGCUCCCUCAACGUCUCACUGUCGAAUGAAGUGUCUCUGUUGCGGAAUGAGGUGGCCCAUUUGAAACAGCUGCUGCUGGCCCACAAGGACUGUCCUGUGACCAACCUACAGAAGAAGACUGCCUACCUGGCUGCAGAAGAGAUUAUGAAAGACAACUCAGAGCCCACAGGGUCCCCUGCCCCGGUGAUUCAGCACAGCUCAUUGGCGCCCAGCCCCUCUGCAGGGCACAACGGCCUGAGCUCAAGGGCAGCAGCUGAGGCCAUGGCUAUGUCUGUACUGGCAGGAAUGGGCCAGCAGCAGAGGUCUGAGAGCGGACCCUCUCACAUUAUCAUGGCUGCACAAUCUCAAUCUGCUGCCAGAUGAUGAGCGAUGCCAUCGCAGCCCAGAAAUUGGCUCACACUCAUCACCCAGGGGUAAAAAAGAGCAGCGGAUCCACAGCCCCCCCCCCUCCUGACUUCCCAAAUCUAGAAGUCAGAAUUUCUCAUCUCCUCUUCGCUGUGCUCCUCUGCUCUCUUUGACCCUCCUGUAGAGCCAUCAUGCUGUGGCCUGGAGCCCAGCAACAGCCCUCUGGGAAUGGACCGAGACUUUUGAGAGAGCUUCCUGUUCACUUUGCCAUAGACUACAGGGGCUGGACUCCACCCUCACAUCCUCGUUUCUCCCAUCUUUUGCUUUCCUGCUCAUCUCUCCUCUCCUUCAGUCAGAACGACUCCUCGCUGGACUGUAGGACUGCAUCGCUCUGAGUGUACUGCCUAACCAACUCCCCAUGUGGACACCUAAACACACAUGUGCAUAGUGUCUAAUAACACACAGGUGUUGCAUAAACACUCAUGAUCAAACCAGAUACCAAACAACACACAGGGCUUCACACUGUUUUCAGCAGGGGAUAGUGCCUUGUUGAUCCUCAACUUUUUAGCCAUGCACACACACCCACACACACAUGCCAUCACAGCCUUUUUCCCUGUACAUCCCUGGCUCCAAAGAUGCCAUCAUGUCUAGACAUCAGUGACUCAAUUUUCACUUGUACUUGUUGUAAAUGGUUUCACCUUGAGGUGAUCUCAACCCAGACCCCAAAACCUUACCUCAUUCAAACCCCUCUAUGAUGAAAUAGAUGAACUGUACGUGCGAUUGGCUACGUGUGUAUAUAUUUAUGUACAUCAGAACAUAGCAGUUUGCCUACUCCUGAUCUCAUACGUUAAUAGCUGGAUUGUUAGCAUGUGACUUUUUCUAUUAGGGUGUUAUUUUGUUGAUACAGUAUGUGCAGCUAUAUUUUUUUUAUUAAUUGGCACAUCCCAAGAUCAGUCCACAGAACCAAAAAGCAAGAUUGACAGUGUUUUAUCUUAAAAUUAGUAUGUUUGACAAAAUCUUUUUUUUUUAACCUGAAGGGAAUUAAACCUGUACCCUCCUCCACUUCCUCCUCCUCUCUUUAAUCUAAAACAGGCUGUUCAUUUGUUUUUCUUAUUGGAUGCCUUUUUCCAUUUUAUAUGACUAUAUUUCUGGUGACUGUGUUUCUCUGUGUGGGCUCUCGACUUACUGUAACUGUUAUUUUCACACUUCUCAGGAUGGUUGCACAUCCUUGCUGCUCGUUGGAAGUGCGAUGAACCGAUCAGUCUCUCUGCUUCUUACCAAACCUAAACAAAAGCCAUAAUGACAUAAAAGAAAACCCUCUCUCUGAAUCUCCAAAGACAAACCUGGCACUUGGUGUGAGAAAGGAAGUUCACUUCUUGACUGUUCUUAUUUGUGAUUCAGACGUCACAGUGACACAAUCGUCAGUAUAGAAUUAAUUACUUGCACUUGUUUCUUACACACGGUCUGUCACACAAUGUCUCAUAUGUUUGCCUUAAGAUCACAUUGUUGCCUCUGAUAUACCCACUUAGAGACAGGAAUAGUUCAUAUAAAAAAACAAUGGAGCCUCAGGGAAUGAAAAGUCUGCCACCAAUUCAUCAUUUCAUCAAAUAAAAACAUCUGAUAGAUACAAGAUUUGCUCACUAAAGAUUCGUGAAUUUUCAACUACAAGUCUCUCCUCAGUGGCAUAAACUGAACCAAUACUGGUCUGUCAUCUGGUGGAGAGACGCAGCAAAGACAUGGUCAAGUUUUGACAGAGGAUGAAUCAAGAUCUCUUGUGUCUGUUUCUGAUUGUCUCUGGUUCUUUGGAAAUCCCAACAAGAUAUUUUAACAAGAUAUUUUCACACAAACACCCAAACAAGCCGUUUUCUUUUCUUCUUUUCUGUAUGAUUUUGUCUUCUUUUGUCUGAUACCAUCAUAUAUUUGAAAGAUGUGAUACUUCAAAAACAAAUAUCUGUCCACUCAAGGGCGUGUUUUAUGCACUAAAGUAAACAACUUUAUUGUCUCUUUGAAUUUCUGUUCAUUUUAUCGCAUUUCUCUUGGUCUUUUCAAAGAUAUCAGAUUCCUUUUGAAAAUCUAAAUGUCUCUUUUCUGUGCUGUAAACAUUAAUGGGAAUUUGCUCAGCAACUGUUUGACCUUUCACCUUCGACUGUACCUCCUGUGCUACAGUCCCAAUGGUGACCCUGGUGUUUUUUUUUUUUAUACUAUCCUAGCUAGCGCUAUAUUCGGCUGGCUGUCCCCUUAUAGACGAAUGUUCAUAUGAAAUGAAAACUCAAACAAUAUUUAGCUUUCAUGUUUUCAUGUAAUUCAUGUCAAUGGCACCUUUUCUGUAAUUUCUAGUUUCUUUUGUUGUGUGUUAUUUUCAGCACUAUACAAUCUUUGUCAUAACGUGUCUAAUUGUACUGAUUAAUAUAAAACUAGUUACUUUAACACACAGGUUUCUUUUAUGUCUGUUCUCUUAAAAGAAAAAAUGUCAUUAGUUGCUGACAAUAGGCUACAUCCCCUGUUUAUACACGUGAAGAUGAAUUUGGUCAUAUCCAUUUACUGUCCUUGCCUAACUUAUUUUUUAAUUGGGAAACUAACAACCAUCCUCACGGUCUUUGGCAUAUUAAUGUUAUUUAGAUUCGUUGUGAAAAGAGCAAUCUAAUGAAAAAUGCAACAAUGUGAAUGUUGCACAUAGUGUAUUAAUGAUUUUUCACACUCCCAUUGUUGGACUGAUAAUUUCAAAAAUUGUCCUUGUACUGUACAUAUCUGUACUAUAUGAAUAUAUUUACUUUUCCAUGCAUGUCCUCCAAGUGGAAUACUAUGAACACUUACAGUGCUGCAGUUUUAAUUAAAGAAACUACAUCUUAAUGAA